CGCACAAACAACGAACCAAUUCCCACUCAAUUUUAUUUUUUUUACAGUUUUCCCCUUUGUUUUCCGAUGGCUAUGGCCACCGGAAUACUCUCCUCUAAUCUCCUCUCUCUCUCCUCCAUCGUUUCUUCAUCUUCUACAGAAGGUAAAAAUUCAUCAAAGCCGGUGAAAUUGAGAGAUGACUGGAGGCAAAAAUCAAAGCCUAUCCCACCUGGGGGUACCUACCCCGCCAAGGAUCACUGCAGCCGAUGCGGUUUGUGUGAUACAUACUACAUUGCCCAUGUAAAGAGUGCUUGUGCUUUCUUGGGAGAUGGGAUGUCUAAAAUUGAAGAGCUCGAACCAAUUGUACAUGGCCGAGGCAGGAAAAUUGAUUCAUUGGACGAGACAUAUUUGGGAGUUUACGAGGAUUUACUUUAUGCUCGUAAAACCAAUCCUGUAGAGGGGGCUCAGUGGACGGGUAUAGUGACCACAAUCGCAAUGGAAAUGCUUAGGACUGGUAUGGUCGAAGCUGUUAUUUGCGUGCAGAGUGAUCCAGAAGAUAGAUUUACUCCCAGACCAAUCUUGGCUAGGACCCCGGAGGAAGUUCUUGCUGCUAGAGGAGUUAAACCGACACUAUCUCCUAAUCUAAACACACUGGAAUUAGUCGAGGCUGCUGGUGUGAAGCGUCUUCUUUUCUGCGGUGUUGGCUGCCAAGUGCAAGCCCUACGAUCGGUGGAGCAUCAUCUGAAUCUGGAAAAGCUUUAUGUUCUCGGAACUAAUUGCGUGGAUAACGGAACACGAGAAGGUUUAGAUAAGUUUCUGAAGGCUGCUAGUACUGAACCAGAAACCGUUCUUCAUUACGAGUUCAUGCAAGAUUACAAGGUUCACUUGAAGCAUUUGGAUGGUCAUAUCGAAGAGGUUCCGUAUUUCUGUCUUCCAGCAAACGAUUUAACUGAUGUCAUCGCUCCUUCUUGCUAUAGCUGCUUUGACUACACGAAUGCUUUAGCGGAUUUGGUAGUGGGUUACAUGGGCGUACCGAAAUACGCUGGAGUUAGCAUGACGCAACAUCCACAAUACGUCACCGUUAGAAAUGAACGUGGAAAGGAGAUGCUAAACCUUGUGAAAGAUCUUCUGGAAGUCACUCCCACAAUUAGUUCGGGCGGAAGGCGUCCAUUUGUCAUGGAAACUGUGAAGGCAGAUGAUAAUGCUAAACUAGGAAAAGGCCCAUCUCAGACUGUUCCGAAAUUCAUCGGUGAAGUAAUAGCAUUCAUUUUAAAUCUAAUUGGUCCUAAAGGUCUGGAAUUCGCCCGUUAUUCGUUGGAUUAUCACACUAUCCGAAACUACCUUUAUGUAAAUCGGGCAUGGGGAAAAGAAAGAGCUGAUAGGCACAUGCCAUCGUACGCAAAGAAACUAGUGUCGAUGUACAAUCAAAACGGAGAAAUUGACAAGAUGCUUUCCGAUCGAAAAUGAAUUUUCAGAGGGUUUACUAUUUAAUUAAUAUUUUCACAAUUAUAUGUUUUUUUUUUUGAAUUUAUUUAUGAUGAAAGUUGUGAACCUCGGAAUUUUGUAUAUGAAGUAAAUUCAAAUUUUUGUUACUCUUUAG